ACAGCAACACCGCGGCGACCUCAGUUUCAGUAGCAGAACAGAAUCAGUGGGAUUCGGUCAAGUCGGGUGCGGAAACUGGAAACGUUCAUUCAUUGCGUAUGCUGCUCGCUUUGCUGUAUGUGUGUGUGUACAUUGUUUACCCUAAAAAAGUUACAAUCUGAAUCUAGUCUCUUCCAUCGGAAGCAACCAACAACAGACAAGUGUGCCCAUACUAUUGUGCAAUAGAAGUUUUGUACUGUGUUAACUCCGGAACGAGAACCUGCUACAGUGAAAAAAGCUGUGGCCUUAAAAAACCAAUCUAUACGAGUACCCUUCAAAGACGGCGACGUUUGUUUUUCUAUGCGCUGAGGAAAGGAAAAUCAAUGCUCUAUCGUUUCGUCUAACACACAAAAAUGGCGUCGCGGCGUCCGCGCGGAUCGAGUUCUUCCACUGCUGCUACUACUGACCCGGACUUGAAAUGGGCAUUUGAUGAGCAGCAUUAGUAAACCACGAAGGAGUCGAAAAAAAUCUUAGAAUCAUUUCGAACAUUUUGGUUCUAUAGGUGGCCCGAAGAUAACUGUCGAUGUGAGUGAGCGAGUAUACGCAACACACGAGUCAAAACCAAAGUUGUCCUUCAAGAGUCUCAAGUAGCUCAAGGUAGUUCACUUUUGGAAAGCAGAUUAGUGUUUAGGAAGAUACACGCGACAACGAUGAGUUCCGGACAGUCCCAGCAAUUUUGCGUGCGAUGGAACAGCCACCUUGGCAGCAUCGGAGCAGCGUUUCCACAGCUAUUGGCUGGCCAAAGGUUUGUGGACGUGACGCUGGCCUGCGAGGGCCACCAGGUGCACUGUCACCGGCUAGUGCUGGCCGCCUGUUCGACCUUCUUCGAGAAUCUGCUCGGCGAAAAUCCGUGCAAACACCCGAUCAUCAUCCUGCCGCGGGAAAUCAAACUGUGGGCCAUCCAGGCGUUGGUCGAUUUUAUGUACAAAGGAGAAGUGAACGUAUCUCAGGCUGGUCUGCCAGAUCUGAUGAAGUGUGCCGAAAUCCUGAAAAUUCGCGGCCUGUGCGGUUCGGAUGCGGCACUUAAUCUCAACCACAUCAACAGCCCCAGCAGUGGUAGCGGAGGAACCGGCAGCUUUAGUAAUAGUGGUAGUACGGUGCCGAUAGGUCCGACUGGUUCGUCGAAUUCAAGUGGCCAAAGAGGAAGCAGCCCUCAACGUGCAGAGCACGGAAAAUUACAGCAGAACAGUGCCCUCAAAGGUACCAAAACUGGUGGCAAUCUUUUGCACAGUCUCAGUCUGCAACCGGUAGCAUCGUCGACGCCAUCGAAGGCAUCUAGUCAACAGCAACUGCAAGAGCGGGAGCCACAAAGCAACCUUCAACAGAGCGGCGACGAUAGCGACAACGGAGGCAGCGGAAAUGAGAUGUGCAUCAAAACGGAAGAUCUGAUAAUAGAUGAAGAUGCUGACAAAUUGGACGAGGAAGAUGAUGUGGAAAUGGAAGGGAACGACAAAAAUCAAGCAGUGGACGACGAUGCCGUCGAGGAUGAAGACAUUGACGACUACAUCGAAGAUGUAGAUCAGGAGGGCCUCCGGCCGCUCGACGAGCAAACUCAAGAACGUCCCGGCAGCCGGACAAGUAACAGUAACAAUGAAUGCACGAUCACCGUCACAGACGACAAUAGCACUGGCUGUACUAGUUAUCGGGCCAAUUCCAAACGGACACCUCAGACGAAACAAGUGACCUCUCUAUCGUCAUCCUCCUCCUCUUCGCCUCCUCCUCCUCCGCCGUCGUCAUCGUUGCUGUCGAUACUAACGCGUGGCUCAAUCCGGGUGAAAUCGAAUGAAAAUCUCUUUGAAAACUAUAAACACCAACAACAGAAACAAAAGCAACAGCAAGAUCAACCACGAGAGCACAGAAUCACUAGGCAAUCCGCGUCACGACAGCACUUUUUCGCGCCUUACGGUGUCGGUGGUAACGGUGGUGACGAUGGUGAUGGUGGUGGUGGUGGUGGUGGUGGCUUAAGUGUUGACGGUGGGACUGAUCCCGGUGUACCCGGUCUUCCCUCUUCUUUAGUGUACAAUCGAAACACGAUGGAUAUCUACGUGAAACCAAAGACAGAUGGAGGCGGUGCCAGCACAGCUAGUAAUCCGGAUAUAUCACUAGAGGAAGCAGGCAGCGAACUCUCCACCGAUGGCUACGAAAACAUUAUUUGUUCCCCCAACUUUCCUCAACUCAGUGUUAGCGCGAUGGGAAGCUAUCAGGACGACGAUUACGACGAUGAGUUCGAUAUACAAAUCCUACCGGAUGAGAACUCACUGACGAACGGGGAGAGCGAUGGUGAUGAGUUGAACUAUCAUCCCCCGCCUUUGCUUCCAUUCGGCAAUUCCGAAACCAGCAUCACACGUGUGCCAUCCGCUGCUACCAAAGGAACGAUGCGAACCAACGGUGGAUCAGGAGGAGCCUUACUCACUCCUCGCCGCUACAGCCGCCAACCGGGUGGACGAGGUGGUAGACUUUUAAGUCGGCUUACCCGCGAUGGUGGAGCCAGCAAAGGAUCCGUAUCCAACGGAAUCGCGAUUCCACCGUCGGCUUUCGUAUUGCGAAACCCGCGAGGUAAUCAACCCCGGUCGUACAAUACGGACGCGUUGUGGUCGGCCUUGAUGGAUGUCAAGGCGGGCGAGAGCAUAUACAGGGCCUCACAAAUCCACAAAGUUCCUCGCAAGACGCUCCGCAACUGGAUGAAACGGUGGGACAUUAAGUCCGCCUACCCGAUGCCCCGGCAGCUAAAGGAAGCCGCCGAGAAGAAGCGCAUCAUCAAAGAACUGACUGAACAGGCGCAACAUCUCAGCGACGAACCAAUACAGUAGUACUAGCGUUUCAUUUCGCCAUAGUGAUAGUGAGUGCGGAACGACUUCCGGAACAGAAGCAGAACGGCAACGGAAACCAAUAUACAUAUUUAUAUAUUCAUUUUAUACAACAAACAAACGCAAAGAGAAUGAUAGUCAGUUAGUCGGUUUGGAAGCAAACCGCAAGGGAAGACAAAGUAAAGAGCCCUAUAAAUAAUUUAAAUCUAUAUAUAUAUUUUCAGUUUUAGAUGCUAAGAUUCGAAUACCAUAGAGAGCGAGAAAGCGAAAAAGUGCAAAACAUUCGUGAGUAAAAAAUGGAACGCAAAAGGUUCAAAGCAAAAUCUAGUUCGGUAGCGUUAAGGUUAUGUUUUUCGAAAGCAUAUAAAUGUAAUGAAUAAAGAAAAAUCUCCUAAUUUUAGUUCUGCUAGUUUACGUACAACAUACACACACACAAACACAUUCAAUGCGAGUGUGGGAUUUGAUUUCCCCCAAAGCAGCACUACCUUGGGUAACACUAAUGUACCAUGGUGUCGCUAGAUCGACGUACUUUUCAUGUAGGAUGUAGUAGACUCUAUUUCUAGUCAAAUGUUGCAAAACCAACACCACUAACAUUUUCCCAAGGGCUUUAUACGAUUCUAGUUUAGGUAAACGCUUUAGUCACGAUCGGUUGCAAUGUACCAUUUUUUACCCCUAUAAGAUAGAAUAUUUCUUCUAAUACGAUAUGUAACGUGUACUGCUAAGUUUUGUUUCGGCACCACUAUUUUUCUAUUCUAGUAGGUACUUAUAAGUGUACGAAACCAUACAGAGUGCGAGCAGAGUUUUAUUUAAUUAUUUUAUUUGAACCAAUCUAGUGUCGUUUCAUCACCAAAAAAAAA